AUGCACUCCUCUGCAGCCCUCGUUUUGACCUGCCUAACAUCCACGGCCAUGGCAUACCCAACAUUGGACCAGCUCGCAACCUCCGGCGAGUUCAGGCAGUACCAGAAGCAAGAGAAACGUCAGACAAUCGCAUUCGACGCCCUUCUCCAGAAGGUCAGCACGACCGGCGAUCAUGCUUGCCAAGCACCAGGGUCAAGUGACUUUCGCGGUCCAUGCCCAGGUCUAAACAGCAUGGCGAAUCAUGCAUACAUCCCUCGCAACGGCUACACUUCGAACAUCCAAGUGAUUGCCGCCAUGAGGGAAGUGUUCAACAUCUCUCCCGAGUUCGGCGGCUUCUUGACAAUCAUGGGCUCGGCCAUGGGCGGAGAUGGACUUGGGUUCUCUAUCGGCGGCCCGCCUCCACCAUCACUUCCGACUGCGACUGGUCUGCUGGGUAGACCACAGGGUAUGAGAAACACCCACAACCGAUUCGAGAGCGACCAGAGCAUCACGCGCCAUGAUCUAUACCAGACUGGCAAUGCUGUGACCAUGAACAUGGACCUCUUCAAGGAUCUUUUGACCUCGUCGUUGCCAAGGGGCUGGUACGAUAUCGAUGUGCUCGGAAACCAUCGGGUCAGGAGAUUCGAAUACUCCAAGGCGAACAGCCCGUACUUCCUCAAAGGUCUCAAGACCGCGUUCAUCCCGGAAGCAACUUCAGCUCUUGUUACGUACCUUUUCGCCAACCACUCCGCUGCAUGUCCUACCGGUUGCCUCGAUGCCGCAGGCCUGAAGAGCUUCUACGGCGUGACUGGCUCAGGCUCGAACCUGAAGUACACCCCAGGCACCGAAAGAAUCCCUGACAACUGGUACAAAAACCCAAUCGGAUAUGGCGUGGCAAGCCGAGGAAGUAGACGGGGUCUGGGGCGAUAG